GAGAUGGUGGGAUGUCUGAAGCUGACCCGACCUCCUGUGCAAUUGAUCUGCAACACUGAAAACGCUACAGAGUGUCAAAGGAAGUACGACGCCUGCAACAAACUUAUCCAGCCCAACGCCGAGUUCAUGAAAGCCUCCCAGAGCUGCAUGGUCCUGCCAGACGAAAUGGGAGCCAAGAACUGCCUGCAACCGGCCCUAAACGAGAUGACGAAAACCAUUGACAACGUGUCCGUCCAAGAAGGUGUCAAGGACUAUUUCAAGAAUUUCUGGACGCCAUCAAUGGGCUUUGUGGGAUUUCACAGCUGCAUGAUGAUGGUCUGCACGUUGGAGCUGAAGUAAGCCAAGCCUGAACAACUGCCUGCAACUCUUAAGAAAUGGAUUAGCCAUGGGCAUAGAUUUAAAAUGUGCCCCAUGAAGAUGUGUGAUGUAAGAAAAGUAUAUAAAUAAUUGUAUCCUGCGACCUGAAAAUGAAGUUUGGAAAUUGGUAAUCUAUGACACUGAUGUAUAAGAAAUUUAGUUGAAGAAUUAAUAGUAAACAAGGGUUAUAAGUCCGGAUUUAAUAGUGAAGUGUAGAAUGUGUACCUGAUGUUCGCAGCAGAGUCAUUGAGGGGUUUUCAUUAACAAAGGCAUUUUGGCAAUCAAGCUUUAUAUUCGUCUGUUAACUCGCCAUCAAAACAUGGUAAAUCAUCAAUGUAUCAAUUAUUUCACAACUGAAAAACAAAUAAAAAGACUAAGCACCCAAUCAC